CACAACAAAAAUAUGACAGCAAAAAACCCAAAUUAUCAUUCAAAUCACACUAAUUUCCCCACCAAAAACCUAAUCCCCAAUUAGCAACUCAAUUUUUCUCUCUACAAAUCUGCAGAAUCAUCAUCAACAUCUCUUCUCGAUCGGGCCACGAAUGUCAGCAAUCGACUCGUUUCAGAACUCGAAAGCGGUGCGGCUUAAAGGUUCGCACGGCAAGUACCUCGUGGCCGAGGACGACGAGGUUUCCGUCACGCAGGAGCGCAGCGGCGAAUCAAAAUCGGCCAAAUGGGCGGUCGAGUUCGUCGAGAGCUCCGACACCAUAAUCCGCCUGAGGAGCUGCUACGGCAAGUACCUGACGCUGCCCCCGCGCCUCGACAGCUCCGUCGAGUGGGAGCCGAUCAGGGAGAGCGGCGCCGUAAAAUUGAAGACUAGGUACGGGCAUUUUCUGCGGGCUAACGGCGGGCUGCCGCCUUGGAGGAACUCGAUCACGCAUGAUAUUCCGCAUCGGACAGUCACAAGGGACUGGAUUCUUUGGGAGGUUCAGGUUGUGGAGUUUCUGCCGCCGCCGCAGAUCGUGGUGGAAAAGGAGGAUUGUUUUGCCUCCGACGAGACCUCGCCGACCACUAGCCAGUCGUCUCAGUCUGCUAGCUUUUCUAGGCAAGAGUGGGAUGGUUCGCCUUCAAAGGCAAGCGAUGGCAGGCUGAUCUAUUUCCAACUAGCCAAUGAGUAUGGCGAAGUCGAGAGUGAGUCCGAGGACCUCAGCAUUGCAUUCAAGGGCUUCCAAGUGAGUGAACUAGCAAGCAGGCUGGAGGACGAGCUGGGAAUCCCUGGCCUCACGGUCUGCACCAAAAGCCCGUUGAACGGGAAGCUCUACCCUCUCCGCCUCCACCUCCCUCCCAACAACGCCACCAUGCACGUUAUCGUGCUCCCCCCUUCAUCAAAAGUUGACCCUUCUCAUAUUGUACUUGAUUCUUGAAUAUUGAACGAGCCCUUGACUCGAAAUGCUUGCAUUUGGUUGUGUUUUUAUCUCUUGGUAGCCAAGUUCAUUGACUGAUUGCGCCAUCUACAUUAUGUGUGUUUGUGUGUGUGUGUGUAAUCUUGAUUGUGUUCAUUCAGCUUUGGUGAAAAUGAAACAUUUCUGUGACGUCUUCUUUUA